AUGCAGCGCGCCGGUAUCACGGCGCGACAGGUCCAUCUCGUCCUUGUCAAGUGCCCGCUGCUGACCUCGGCGAAGAUCGAGGCCAUCCGCGCACAGUCGCGCGUGCCCGUCACCACAGACACGUACGAGUCCAUGGCGAAGUCCCGGUAUGCGAGCGCGGUGGGCAUUGCGCUGGCGCUCGACGAGCUGUCGCUGCCGGACGUGCAGCUCGAGGGCACCCUGGCAUCGCAGGACACGUGGAGCGCGAGGGCGAGCUGCAGCAGCGGCGCGGAGCUGGAGGACUGCCAUAUCCUCGUGCUGGCGACGGACCCAGCCCCUGCUGCUGCUGCUGCGGGGGGACAACACCGUGGGCAGCUGCACGCGGUGUCGCGGCCCAUGGCGGACGCCAUCGAUGCCGCGGCUGUCCUCGACCUCCUCGACAAGGUGAAAAGGGACGGCGGCACGGUCGUCCAGGUGUUUGCAAAGGCCGAGGCCGACCCGCGCGGCCGUGUGCGCUCAUUGUGGCGCCAUACCAUGAACACCGACAGCGACAUCCACAGCACCCGCCACGCGAGGGCCGCGGUUGGUGGCCUGCUCGCCGGACUGGUCGGCGAUUGCGAGAUCUACGUCAGCGGAGGUGCGGAAGGUCAGGGCCCGUCUGGCGGUGGUAGUUUGUGUGUGGUGUAUAGAACUCAAUAA